CUGUCUAUUGCGUGUCAGCAUCUCAUCUUUGAGCAAGGCAGGAAUAUUACUGCCUUGCAUGCGUGCACAACGCCCUGGGCUACAGCUAUAAGACGUCGAUCGCAUGCGACACCAUCGUGCCCAGGUCCAAGGCAGCAGGCAGCGUGCUCCGCGAUGCCGACCUACCGGCUGCCACGGUACAACCGGCAGAACCCCGCCGUCCGGUGCGUGAACUUCCUCUGCGCGGUGCUGCUCACGCUCGUCCUCGUCGCCGGCAUCAUCCUCUUCGUGCUCUGGCUCAGCCUCCGUCCGCACAAGCCCAAGUUCUUCCUCGCCGACUUCUCCAUCCCUAACGCCAACCGGCAGUCCGGACUGGCCAACCUGCCGGUGACGUUCACCGUCAACGAGCACAAUCCCAACCAAAAGAUCGGCAUCCACUACGAGGCCAUCUACGGGUCGGUGUACUACGGCAACCAGCUCGUCGCGUCCGGGCAGGUCAUGUACCCCUUCUACCAGGCGCCCAAGGGCGACACGCCGGUGCAAGGGGCCCUCACCGCGUCGGGGCCUGUGCCGACCGACCCCGUGUGGCCACGGUUCACCGGCGAAGUCUCGGCAGGGAGCGUCGGGAUGCGGCUGCUGCUCAACUCCACGGUGCGGUUCCAGGUGAAGAUGUGGGACACCAGGCAGCACCACAUGAAGGUGGAGUGCGACUUCAGUCUGAGCGGGGACGGAACGCUCCAGCAGCAGUACAAAAACAAGCGGUGCACGCUCUACUUCUAGUGCCCUUGUUUGUUUCGUUUUCCUCUCGAAUGGGAUUGAUUUGGGUCUUGCUAUUCUUUUUCGUCUUUGUUUUCGAAGUCACGUUGUAUUUAGCUGUUGCACAAUUUGACUGAUACUUGUGAUUGUUGUAACGCGAUUAUUCACAACAUGUGCAUGCAUAUC